UAUCUCCGCCAAAGUUCUUUGUUAAAUCCCUCAAAGCUCGCUGGUUUCUCUCCCCCUCCUUAGUCUCUCUUUUCACACAGAACCCCACCCCCCCCCCCCCCCCAACUCUCUCUCUCUCUCUCUCUCUCUCUCUCUUCCUAUCUCUGUACAAUGGCUCAAGUGGUGGCCAUUCGAUCGAUUCAGAGCUCUUUGAUGUGCCCCAGCACUGGAUCCAUUCAUGACAGAGUCGAAAAGCUUUUAAAGCCUUCAACUUUUGCUUCCAAACUUCUGGUAGGCCAGGAGAAGAACAGCUCCCGAAUCGUUUACUCAAGGCCUAUGCGCAUUGUCGCCGGGAGAUCCACACGUGCUGAGCCCCAAGUCAUCCCGGUCUCGCCCGAGGAUGAACCCAAUGAGAAGUUCCAGCAUUUACAAGCUCAACAGCUUCUUGAUGCCACACCGGUGGGCGUGUGGUCCAAGCCGAUCGUUAGGCGCAAGACAAAGAUCGUAUGCACGAUCGGUCCUUCUACCAACACGCGGGAGAUGAUAUGGAAGCUGGCUGAGGCGGGAAUGAAUGUUGCUCGAAUGAAUAUGUCUCAUGGAGACCACUCGUCACAUCAGAAAGUUAUAGAUUUAGUCAAGGAAUAUAACGAACAAUCCAAAGACAAUGUGAUUGCAAUCAUGCUCGACACCAAGGGUCCUGAAGUUAGGAGUGGGGACCUGCCACAACCAAUCACAUUAUCAACUGGGCAAGAAUUCACUUUUACAAUUCGAAGAGGGGUUGGCUCGGCAGAGUGUGUUAGUGUGAACUAUGAUGAUUUUGUUAAUGAUGUUGAAGUGGGUGACAUGCUUCUUGUUGAUGGUGGUAUGAUGUCAUUGACGGUGAAGUCCAAGACUGAAGAUUCAGUGAAAUGUGAAGUUAUUGAUGGAGGAGAGCUAAAGUCUAGGCGCCACUUAAAUGUUCGAGGAAAAAGUGCAACGCUGCCUUCUAUCACUGAGAAGGAUUGGGAUGAUAUAAAAUUUGGAGUGGACAACAAAGUUGACUUCUAUGCUGUUUCCUUUGUCAAAGAUGCAGAAGUGGUUCAUGAACUGAAGAAUUAUCUGCAAAGCUGUGGUGCAGAUAUACACGUCAUUGUUAAAAUUGAAAGUGCAGACUCUAUCCCAAAUUUGCACUCCAUUAUCACCACAUCUGACGGGGCAAUGGUUGCAAGAGGAGACCUUGGUGCAGAGCUCCCAAUUGAGGAGGUUCCACUUCUCCAGGAGGAGAUAAUCCGAAUCUGCCGUAGCAUGGGGAAGGCUGUUAUUGUGGCAACAAAUAUGCUGGAAAGCAUGAUUGUACACCCAACACCAACCAGAGCAGAGGUGUCAGACAUUGCAAUUGCUGUGCGAGAGGGUGCUGACGCAGUUAUGCUUUCUGGUGAAACUGCUCAUGGAAAGUUCCCAUUGAAAGCUGUGAAAGUAAUGCACACAGUUGCAUUACGAACUGAAGCUACCAUAUCAGGUGGUGAAACACCAUCUAACCUGGGUCAAGCCUUUAAGAACCAUAUGAGUGAAAUGUUUGCAUACCAUGCAACCACGAUGUCUAACACUCUUGGAACCUCAAUAGUUGUCUUCACCAGAACUGGUUUCAUGGGUAUCCUACUGAGUCACUAUCGACCUUCUGGCACCAUAUUUGCCUUUACAAAUGAGAAGAGAAUACAGCAGAGGUUGGCUUUGUAUCAAGGAGUGUGCCCUGUAUACAUGCAGUUCUCUGAUGAUGCUGAAGAGACCUUUGUGAAUGCCUUAGCUUUACUACAGAAACAAGGGAUGGUUAAGGAAGGAGAAGAGGUAGCACUUCUUCAGAGUGGACGACAACCCAUCUGGCGAUUUCAAUCCACUCAUAACAUUCAGGUCCGGAAAGUGUAGAUGCAAAGUAAGAUCAAGGGCCCGCAUAAUUUUAGUUAUCUGCCCAUGCAUGGAGUAUUCCAUAUUGUCAGGGCGCUCAGAUUUAUUCUGGGGCUUCCCCACGAUUAGUGAAGUAAUUUUUGGUUGGUUUGUUAUUUGCGUGUAUUUCGAGGUUCCAUCUGUUUCUUUAUGUUCUGUUUUUUUUUUUCCCGGGGAAUUCUGUGCAUUUCAAUUUCUUGGUAUGUGUUUAAAUUUCAUCAGCUUGCUGGUGUAUGUUGUUAACACUAAAAGCUAGUUUGUCUGAGGAUUAUAACACUGUUAUUUAUGCUCCAAAAUAUUGAAUCGUCGAUCUGAACAGGCUGUAAUGUCGAUUAGUCAUACAAUAAUAUAACGACCACCUGCUCAUGUGUAA